UUUGACAUGUACGUGUAUCACGAGCCAAUACUUGCAUUUUAAUUGUUCAAUUAAGAAAUGCAAAUAUUAUUAAAUUAGUUUGAAUAUCGUAACGCAAUCUUCUUUUUUAAGGAAUGUAAAAUUGUUUGUGAAAAACCUGAUGCGGGCCAUGGAGUGAUAGAUAAUAUUAUAACACUGCAAAAGUGACCUCGUCUCAUCGUAUCGAAGGACUGUGCAAUUGUUUAGGUAUGUCGGUUUGGUCAGGCAGUACGGUCCCAGGCCCACCCAAUCGUUACUCUCAGUAUGGUAACUGGUGCCCAAAAAUGAGCAAGUGAAUUUGAUGUGAGAUUUGCAAAGCCUUAAAAUUUGGUUUUGUACUACACGGAGGCUGCUACUAGUCCUUCUUUAAUAAAGACAUACGUGCGUGAUGUCGGGCGAGGCGCCUAUCCAGUCGGACGCGGGGCUCCACACACCCGCGUACCUGUCAUGGCGGAAACUCCAGCUGAGUCGCGCGAAGCUGAAGGCUUCGAGUAAGACUUCGGCGCUGCUCUCUGGAUUCGCUAUGGUAGCUAUGGUGGAAGUGCAAUUGAACACAGACCAAACCAGCAAAGUGCCUAAGGAGAUGCUCGUCGCGUUCACAGUGUGCACCACUCUACUCGUGGCCGUUCACAUGCUGGCGCUCAUGAUCAGCACGUGCAUCCUACCCAACAUAGAAGCAGUGGGGAAUCUACACAGCAUAUCUCUGGUACACGAAUCGCCACAUGAAAGGCUACACUGGUACAUCGAAAUCGCUUGGGCGUUUUCAACACUACUCGGACUAAUUCUUUUCCUAGUGGAAAUAGCUAUUCUAUGUUGGGUGAAAUUCUACGAUUUGAGCGAGACCGCCGCCUGGUCCGCUUGCGUUGUACUUAUACCGGUCAUGAUUGUGUUCCUGGCGUUCGCUAUACAUUUCUACAUGUCUUUAGCGACACAUAAGUACGAAGUUACAGUUACUGGCAUAAAAGAGCUGGAGUUACUUAAAGAGCAGAUUGAAAUGGGCGACCAUGACGGUAGGAUGAAUAAUCUCACGUUACUCGACCAGGGCAGGGUUAUUUGAAAACUUAUGGCGUUAUUCAUAAACGCGCUACGAGCCUUAAUUAGCUACUAAUCGUUUGUCUUUAUCUAUCUUUCUGACUUUCGUAUUUGUAAGAAAGGGAUAAAACUAAUUGCGGCUUGUACAAUUUUAUGAAUUAGACUUAGGGGGUAAAGCCUUACCUUUCCAGUGUCCGAUUUUGGGAUGUUAUAUACGUUUUUGACUUGAAUAUACCCACGUUUUUAUUGUUAACGCGUAGAUUGUAGGAAAGUACUUAUUGAUCUGUAUAUUAAAAGUGUACUUAUGUAAGUGCCAAUUUUGCAAUAUUAUACUUAUCGGGUAUAUUAGGUCGUGAGCAUUGAACCUAAUAGAAUAAUGUCAAUCUUAGUAAUUAGGUAAUAAGCAGUGAUCGUACAUUUUCCAGCAUUUUUGGUGCAGCAGAGUGGUGUUAACGGAAUUGGUAUAGAUAAUUUCAACCCUAAUGAUUAAUAAGUUUUUGGCAAAAAUUUCAUUUUUGGUAAGUACAAGCUUUUAUCGCUGACUGUACUUUUCUUACGACUGCACCAAAAAUGCUGGAAAAUGUACGAUCUCUGUUAAUAAGACAUACCUUAAAAAAAUAAUAGACAGUAUAGGUAUAGUGUGUAGUUUACUGCCUGCGGAAUGAACAGGCGGUACCUAUUUUAUGUAACUCUCUAUCUUAAAGCCAAGAAAAUAAAGUAUUUGUUACUAAACACUUGCUCAAAAAUAAUGGUUAUAAAUACAGCAUAAAAACAUCUUUUUUUAUGUAUAUUAUAGUAUUGUACUUUUUCAAUAAUAAGUGAGGCGCAUGACAUACCUACAUUCGAAUCUCCAGUUUAUAAAGUUUCCUAUAAAAAUUACCUUUGUUAUGUUUACGAUAUUUUUUUUACACAUACCUUCUUAGGGCCACUCGCGCCAGCAAGGGUUAGCCACUAGCCCAGGGUUAAUAACCACUUACCCAAUUUAAAUUGUACUGGCAACCAUGGUAAGUCCAGGUUUAACCGGUUAACUCCGGGUUAGUGGCUUAACCCUGGCUGGCGCAAGUGACGCUUAGGAGCGUUGAUCAUAUCCCUAAUAUCAGAUGUAAUACAAAUUAUAAAUAUAGGUUAGAAAAAUGGCCGAACUUAUCCGUUGUCAAAAUGUGAAAUUAGUAUAAAUUUAAUUUCUAACCAACGUGUAAUUUACAUAAUUGUCCUGUCAUACCAUUUAACUGCCUUGGCAAAAAUAUAUAAAUUGCAUAAACGUCCUUUCAGAUCGUUUAUGAAUUAAUUUCAAAUAUUACAUACGUUUUUAUGUUGUUCCUGCAAUGGUCAGUCAGAAAGUUAUUGUUAUUGCAAAUUGUUCACAAAAAUAACUCUUAAUAAUUUCGUCUUCUUUAUAUUUGUUUUUGGAUGCUCAUUUCGAGACUUGUAAAUCCGAAGUUUAAAUUAGUAAUGCCAAGAAAUAAUAGAGCUCAAAAAUGCAAUUAAGAACGAACAAAAUCCAUCACAGAAAAGUUAUUUAUAUUUUGAUUAAAUCAAACAGGGUGCUGCUGGUUGUUUUUUAGUUAAUAAUAAUUGAUUUAUUUGUUAACGUGACAUUUUAAUUUUCUAUUAUAAGUACUAUAACGAAAAAUACAAUUUAUAACGUUUUUAAAAGAUUUCUUUUGAGUUUGGUUAGGAGUUAUCUCGAGUAGAUGUCGAUUCAGGAAAAUAUGCGAAGACCCGAAAUUUCAGUAAGUACCUAAAAGUUUUUUUUUAUUAAUGCACCGUUCAGUUUAUGUUGACAACAAGAAAAAAAUUACCGGUUAUAGUUAAGCAAAAGAUGCGAGGUACUUCCUUAUUUUUUGAAUUCAAUAUUGCCUAGGAAUUAGUUAAAGUAAGUAGUCCUAGUACUUAGUCAUAGUAGUCCUGACGAAGCCUGCGUUGUGUAUAUUAUAUAAAAGUAUGGUCCAUAACUUCGAAUUCCUUCAAUGUAGUUUAUCUUUAUUUACAAAGCUGUUCCAUAGUUCCUAAUUACCUAUUCACAUAGGUACACAAUAGUUAUUUACGAUACAAGUGCGGAAAAGAGGAAAUUCGAAACGAGUGGCGAUAAAUUGAAGGGAUGUUAACAAAAACAUAACUGCUUAGAGCGGUUGACACUUUUUUAAGAACAUUGUCAAUUGUUUCAGGUGUCAACCAGUGUAGUCGGUUAUGUUGUUUUUGUAAACGUCCCUUCAAUUAAAACACGACCGAAGGGAGUUUUAAAUCGACACGAAUUACCUAUUCGCACGUGUAUCGUAAAACGUUUUACAGUGCAUAUGGACCUUUAACGUUUUAACACACGCACGGAAAGUGCUCUCUCCCGCACUAGUGCGGGAAAGUAGCACCAUCAUUAUGUACUGUAAAUAAAAUUAUCGUAUACCUAAUACUUAUCAGCUCUGGUUUCCCCGGAAUAGGCCGAUAAAGUUUUGUUCCAUGCGAGUUUUAUAACCAACCGUAACUUAAUGGUAUAAAGGUUAAAAUCGCAAGUAACUAAAUUUAUUACAUAUUUAUUUAUUGUGACAUUUGUCACUGAGUAAUAUUCAGCUCUUUCGAGUUAGAGUAUAUUAUCAGUAAAUUGAUGACGAUAUAUUAUGGCGAAGGCAAUAAAUUAAAUGUAAAUGUUAACUUAACAAUAAUUUUACCCCAAAUUGGGUUUUACACUUAAGUCCUCUGUGAUAAUGAUAAAUAUGACAUUUUGUUGAAUCUGUCGAUGUAUCUGCGUCAGAUGAGAAUUGUCGGAACCCAGCCGAGUAUGUUGCGCACGAAUGUCAAUAUCAGGGGGCUUGCCAAGAUGACAAUAGUUGAUUGAAAAUGCCAAUCGAAAGUAAUAAGCCUCGUUCAUGAACUAUAGGGGGCAGCAUAGGAGCCGUCAGAUUUUUGGCGCGAGGCGUAAAUUUACACAUUUAUGUGUCGUUCAUGCUUCCGGUCUAGCCCAUAAGAUGGCAGAACCUUACUAUGCACAAGGAAACGUACCGACGAGAUCGGUAGAUGGUGGCACCACAGAAUAAUUAAUAGUACUACCGUACAGAAAGGAAACUUCCUACAAAAACGAAGUUUGACAGCGGUUCAGGGUCGAAUCAUGCUGUACCUUUUUAAUAUAUGGUACUAUCCCUUUCGGCUAUUUAGGGUUGUCAAAAAUCAAGUGAUUAUCUUAUCUGUGGUCGUGCACGCAAAAGGAAGUCAAGUGGUGCCAACCCUAAUAAUUGCUCGGAGCAAUGCUGAGCCGAGCGGAGCCGAGUUUGACCGAAGUCAGGAGAUUCGCACCCCUGGUGGCACUUGUUUGGCAAUGUACAUGUGCACAUAUAUGUUUCCGAUUCAGGCCACAAGAUGGCAGCAGACCUUCCCACGCGCACGGUCCCUAUAGUCACGUGAAUUUUCGUAUCGUCUGUCAUCGCGAUACAUUUUUAAUUUCUUUUGCGUUUGUCGAUGUACGAUUGUCAUAUUGGCUAGUUCCGUUGCCGCACAAAUACCUCGUAACGGGACGCCACAAUAAUAUCCUUAAAAUCUGAUGCAGAGUACCUACAUAUGUUUUAGCAUAAGAGUUUUUAAGUCCAUUAUAUAAAUAAAUAAUAUUGAAUUUUAUAUAAAACCUUAGUAGGUAAGUACAUAAUAUUAAAUCCUAGCAUGGAAUGUUAAAGACAUAGGUGUAAUGAGACAGUUCACGAAAAAAGGAACUAUUAACACUUGAAAAUCUUUAAAAAUUAAAAUUGUGUAAAUCGAAGCAGUGCAAUAAAUACACAUUUGAAAACGGCCAAUGAUAGCAACCUACCUAUAUGUAUAUUCCUAAUAUUCCUAUCAAGUUCAUUUUGUCGUGUAUUGUCACAUAAUGUUAAAUAAAACAUCCGAAUAAUCCAUGCAUGAUGGCAGUGUGUACCACUUUAUUUAUAAUCGAAUGAUCUGUUAUGGUUUAGCAAUAUAUCACCACAUUUGGUCAAUACA